AUGCUCACGCUCACGGUUCUCGCUUACCUCGCUGCUCUGGCCACAGUCAUAGAGUCCAGCACAGACAAACUGUACCCGGUUGUGGACACAUGCCCCCUGGGUGAAUUUCCUUGUGGAAACCUGUCAGUGUGUUUGCCUCAGCCACGCCACUGCAACGGCAUUCAGGAUUGUGCCAACGGAGCUGAUGAAGAAAACUGUGUCGAUAAUAGCGGGUGGCCUCACCUUUUCGAUGCAUUUCUGAAGACAAACAUCCAGGAGUCAAAGGAGUGUAUGCUCGAUCUGUUACCUGACAUAUGCCUUUGUGAGGGCCGGAGAGUGAACUGCAAUGGCAAAGAGCUCCUAGAGGUACCCGUGGUCACAUCCAACGUCACAGCUCUUGAGCUGAACAGUAAUCGGAUAACAUCGCUUCCCCCAGACGUUUUCAUCCGAUACAGAAAUCUGGAGAGGCUACACCUGCAGAAUAACAGUGUAAAAUACAUCUCCAGCCGUGCAUUUUCAGGACUUUAUGUACUAAGGAAACUAUUCCUCAGUCAGAACAAGAUUUCAGCUCUGAGGGCUGGCGUUUUCAGGGACCUACAAAGCCUUGAGUGGCUAAUUCUGGAUGAAAACAAAAUAGCGCUAAUACGACAAAAGUCAUUUGAAGGCCUAAAGUCAUUGUUUUUCUUGUCUCUGCUGAAUAAUUCACUUCAAGAGCUGCCGAGGAAGUCUCUGUGUCUGGAGAUGCCAAGGUUAAACUGGCUGGAAUUGGAGGGAAACCUCAUCUCGCUGCUUCAGGCCUCCACCUUUCAGGACUGCACUGCGCUCACAGUUCUAGCUCUUCGUAGGAAUAAAAUAGAAACUAUUGAAGAGGGAACAUUUUCCACCAUGAUAAGAUUAAUAGACCUUGACCUGUCUGUAAAUAGAAUCCAGGAGUUACCACCAUACUUAUUUCGAAAUCUGCAGAACCUGAAGCAGUUGAACAUUUCAAAUAACCCUCUGAUUCACAUCUACGAUGAUCAGUUUGACAGCUUUGUCAAUCUGCAGUCAUUGAGUAUAGAAGGAGUAGAAAUCCCAAAUAUCAGCAUUCGGAUGUUUCGCUCUCUAAACAACCUUUCACACAUAUAUUUUAAGAAGUUUGAGUACUGCGGGUACUCUCCGAAUGUACGGAGUUGCAAGCCCAACACGGACGGGAUCUCUUCCUUUGAGAACCUUCUUGCAAACAUCAUCCUUCGCGUCUUCGUGUGGGUUGUGGCCUUCAUCAUCUGCUUCGGCAACGUGUUUGUCAUCUGCCUCCGCUCCUGCGUGGCGACUGAGAAUCGGCAUCAUACCAUGGCCAUAAAAUCACUGUGCUGUGCAGACUGUCUGAUGGGCAUCUACCUGUUCUUCAUUGGAGCCUUCGACAUUAAGUACUGCGGCGAGUACAACAGGCAUGCCCAGCUGUGGAUGGAGAGCCUGCAAUGCCAGCUCAUUGGCUCCCUGGCCAUGUUGUCCACAGAGGUGUCUGUCAUGCUCUUGACAUACAUGACUGUGGAGAAGUACCUGUGCAUCGUCUUUCCUUUUCACAACUACCGUGCAGGGAGGAAACAGACCCUUGUCACCCUCAUCUCCAUAUGGGUCCUGGGCUUCGUCAUCGCCAUCAUCCCCUUCUGCGACAAGCAAACAUUUGGCAACUACUACGGCAGAAAUGGAGUCUGCUUUCCGCUUCAUUCUGAUGUGACAGAGAAGCCAGGUGCUAGGAGUUACUCAACUGGAAUAUUCUUGGGACUAAAUCUUUUUGCCUUCAUCAUGAUCGUCUUUUCAUACACAAGCAUGUUCUACUCUGUACGGAAAACCGCCAAAACAGCUCGACAGAGUGUCUUCGAUCAUGAGGUUUCCAUUGCCAAGAGAUUCUUCUUCAUCGUUUUCACUGAUGCCAUGUGCUGGAUACCCAUAUUCCUAAUCAAAAUACUGUCCCUGUUACAAGUGGAAAUCACAGGCACUAUGAUUUUGUGGGUGGUCAUCUUCAUCCUGCCUAUAAACAGUGCCCUAAACCCUAUACUCUACACCAUCACCACCAGCUCCUUUCAAAGCCACAUCAAACUCUGUCUCCAGAUGAAGUGUCAGCAGGUCGGACUGAAGGAGACACCCCGCAGCAUCUCCACUAUCUACACGCAUGCCAAUCCUCCUUGA